AUGUCUCCUCUACAGUCCGGAGCUCCUCCACCACCUCAAUCCAGAGAAUACGACCCUGAGAUUAAGGAUAUCGCAAGCUAUGUCCACAACACACCGAUAAACUCGGAUCUCGCAUUCGACACCGCUCGUUUCGUGCUUCUAGAUACCCUCGGAUGUGGUCUUGAAGGUCUGCGAUUUAAGGAAUGCACAAAACUCCUCGGCCCAAUCGUCGAGGGAACUAUUGUGCCCAACGGUACUAAAGUCCCCGGCACACCAUUCCAACUCGAUCCAGUUAAUGGAGCUUUCAAUAUUGGUGCUAUGAUCAGAUGGCUGGAUUACAAUGACUGCUGGCUGGCCGCAGAAUGGGGUCACCCCUCAGAUAACUUGGGUGCUAUCUUGGCUGUUGCGGACUGGAUUUCGCGGACAAACAGAGCUGGUGGAAAUUUGGGCAAUGGAAAGGUCAUUACCAUCAAGGAGGUUCUGGAAGCUAUGAUUAAGGCACACGAGAUUCAGGGAUGCUUGGCACUUUUGAACUCAUACAACAAGGUCGGUUUGGAUCACGUUGUGUUGGUCAAGGUUGCCAGCGCCGCUGUGGUCUCUAAGAUGUUGGGACUGUCAGAGAAGCAGACUGCAGAUGCUGUUUCGCAGGCGUGGGUUGAUGGUCAGAGUUUGAGAACAUACAGACACUCCCCAAACACCAUGUCAAGAAAAUCAUGGGCAGCUGGUGAUGCUUGUCAGCGUGCUGUCAAUUUGGUCUUGAAGGUCAUGAAGGGAGAGCCAGGUGUUCCAACCGUUCUCUCUGCACCUGUUUGGGGAUUCUACGAUGUCCUAUUCAAGGGAAACAAGUUUGAGUUCCAAAGACCUUAUGGAAGCUACGUUAUGGAGAAUGUUCUCUUCAAGGUGUCAUAUCCAGCCGAAUUCCACUCCCAAACUGCCAUUGAAGCCGCGAAGAACAUCCACAAGCGAUUGGCGGAUGAGGGCAAGUCUGCCAAAGACAUCAAGGAUAUCACAUGCCGAACUCACGAGGCCUGUAUCCGAAUUAUCGACAAACAAUUCAAGCCAAUGGACAACUUUGCCGACCGUGACCACUGCAUUCAAUAUAUGGCCGCUGUCAUGCUUGUAUUUGGUCGUCUUGAGGCAACUGAUUACACUGAUGGCGGAGAAGCCGCUACUUCCCCACUUGUUGAGUCGCUCCGCCAGAAGAUCAAGUGUGUUGAAGACCCUCAAUUCACUGAGGACUACCACAACCCAGAUAUGCGUACCAUUCCUAAUGCAUUGACCGUCACACUCAAUGAUGGUACCGUUAUGGAAGAGGUUGUUGUUAACGCUCCUCUCGGUCACGGACUCCGAAGAGAGGAGGCCAAGCCAGAAAUUCUGUCCAAAUACAAGAGACAUCUUGGCCCACAUUUCAGCGAAGCGAAGGUUAAGGAGUUGGUUGAUUUGGGCAAUGAUGGCAAGAAGUUGGAGGGUAUGGCAGUGGAUGAGUAUGUUGACAUGUACGUUGUCGAGGACAGCAAGUUCGUUUAG